GGGACGUACGUGCGUCAGAGGUUGUUUUUCACCGUUAGCAACAAAGCUAACAGGAUACUCGCAUAGUUAAUAAUGAAUAUACUGGACAUAUAUCGUUUAUAAUGGAUGCAAUGAGAGAUUCACCAAGUGGCUAAAGGGGUGAUAUCAAAAUGCAUCAGUGUCCUGUGUGCUUAAAAUCUUUUCUGACGCCAUACAAACUUAAACGACAUCAUAUCAUCCACACUGGACAGAAGCCCUUCAUCUGUAAACUCUGUGGAAAAGCCUUCACACAGUCUGCACAUUUAAAGACACACUCCCAGAAUGUCCACUGCUCAAGGCUCCCAGGAGACUGUCUGCAGGAUGGCGUUUUACCUGAUAGCCAACAACCAACCUGUGAUAAACCAGCUGCAGAGAUGAACACCCACGACAAGAGUAACUACAAUAUAUUCACAUCAGCUGUACCAUCCUCUGUGGCAUCCAUAUGGAAAGAAGAAAUUCUGGCUGAUGAAUUUGUUCUUGCUCGCUCUGAGAGUGGGAAUCCACCAAAAAAUACUCCACAUGUGAGUGAUAAUUUGGUAAUUCUGAGCAGUAUCUCAAAUCUGAUGGAUCCAGUACUUCAGGAGCAAGAUGAUUCUGCAAGUGUGGAGUCCUCUGUAAACAAAGCGCAUAAUGGAUACACCUGCAAAGUCUGCUUGGAGUCAUUUCCUUCAUCUCUUCAGCUGUGGAUGCAUUCAACAAUUCAUAACGAGCCAAAGCAGCCGCAGCCUGAAACGAACAAAGAAUUGCUGCAGACUUUUUCUAAAAAGUCAGGCGUCAGAGGGGACAUACUGUCGCAAGAGCCGAUCUCCAGGAAAAACAAAACAACUUUGAAACACCAGUGUCCUAAAUGUUUCAAACUGUUCUGUUCACCCUCCAAACUGCGAAGACAUUUCCUUAUUCAUACUGGACAGAAGCCCUACUCAUGUACAGUCUGCAGGAAAACCUACAGGCAGAAGGUCCACUUGAAAUCCCAUUUAUCUAUGUCAAAUAAAUGCUCACUUUCUGCCAGCAUUGCAAGGAAAAAACAGAUGCUUCAUAAUGGAAAUCAAACCUCAGAUUUGCCACCUCAGUCUUCGCUCCAGCAGCAUCUCAUCCCUUCCACCCCUGUGAAUUCCUCAGUGGAACUGGAGCUGCAGUGUAAAAUCAGCGUAAAUACUCUGCAAGACCUGAGAAAGACAGAAAUCAAGACGGAUGCAGUUGAAGAACCAGAGCAGUCCCUAAAAUCAAGUAUUUGUUUUAGCUUUAAAGAAGAGCAGCAGUUCUUGACACAUAAAGACUUGAAACCGUUCCAGUGCGAGAUCUGCAACAGAGCAUUUCGUUUGGAAGUUAAUUUAAUACGCCAUCACAGAAUUCAUAGCAACCAAACAGAAUUAAGAACAAGUCCUACCCCUGUGCAAAACAGUAGUACUGUGAACAGGUCUGAUUCUGCAGUAAUGAAACAUUUGCCUGAAUUGAGCAGUGCAGACUUAGUUGCCCUGGACGUCAAUAUAAAAACAGAAACACUGAGUGACAUUAGCGCUAAUGACAGUGGAACUUUUAAUCGGGACACUGACAUUAUAUCGACCGAAAACCAGAGCGAAACUUGCCCUGCCAUCAGAAAGCAGCAGAGAAUUCCCUCCAUACAUCAGUGCCAUACGUGUUUAAAAUGUUUUCCUUCUGCAUCAAAACUCCAGAGGCACAUGAUGAGCCAUACUGGACAGAGGCCAUUUGGCUGUCAUGUAUGUGGAAAGGCGUUUCGUCAGAAAACACACUUGCGGGUUCAUUAUCGGACUCACACGUGGUCUAAAUAUCACAAACAGCGAUCGCUGUAUAUCAACCGACCGCCUUGUGGUAUCCGUUGGUUUAACACAAAGAUGGAAACAGAUGUCCCAGUCCAGAGAAUGAUGGGAGAAAAAAAGGAUUAUCUGAGAAACAGUGACAUCUCCUCUGUGAAACAUCUGGAUCAGGCUAUUCUUAAGAUGAAUGCCCAGACUAAAGACAACAGAGAACCAGAGAACACAUUGUUGUCACACAUGUCAAAGAAGAAUGUUGUGCACAUGAGAAAGGUUUCCAAUGUGACUGUGAGACGGACGCAGACUGUUAAAUCAGUGCAAAAUCCAGACAACGUACAACAUAAGUGCUUUCAGUGUCUGAAGUGUUUUCCGAGUGCCUCCAAAUUGCAGAGACAUGAGAUGGUACACACAGGUUUGAGACCAUUCCGUUGUCUUAUUUGUGGGAAAACAUUCAGACAAGCUCCACAUUUGAAAACCCACGAAAGAACUCACUGUAAAAGGAGGCCAUCGAAGCCCGUCUGUCAACAAGGGAACACCAGAAAACUUCAACUGAAGAAUCAACAGCAGCUUUACCCAAGGAUUACUGUUCACGUCCCGCCACAGAAAAAGUACGUAAACACAGACUCUCCACUCUCACAUUUUGAAGUUGUCGGUAAUGCAGGGACUAGAGUACUCUGCAGCAGGCCUGAAGAAUCUACCACAGAAGUGAACAGUCUCCUGAACACCAACUCUAAAAGUAAUGCAAAUUUAAAGAAAAGAAGACUUCACAUUUGCCGCAUAUGCUGUAAGAACUUUUCCUCGCCGUACAAGCUCUCAAGGCACUUGGUCACUCACUCUGGAAUAAGGCCAUACAGAUGCAUUUUGUGCAGCAAAACUUUCACACAGAAAGGUCAUCUAAAAGUGCAUGAGCUUAGAUGCAGACACAGCGACAGGAUUUCAGAUUGUAGUCAGACUGAUAGAAUAAACACUAACCAUCCACAGGAGAAGUGCACCGAAAACCUCACUCACUGUACAGAUUUCAAUGCGAAUACAGCAAUGGAUCAACGAGAGACACAGUAUGCCGCUGUAAGUCAUUACUCAUUUAAUGAUACAGACUUAUCUCAUUGCUCAGAGGCUAUGGAUACUGCAUGGCUAAAGGUGCCAAAAGAGGGCUUAAAAGAAGGGAACAUUGAAUCGGAGCAAAAGCAGACAGACAAUUGUAAUCAGGCUACAGACAAUUAUAGUUAUUCUUUUGGCACAGAAUUUCCCUUUGAAAUAAAUGAGCUGGUCCAAAAUCAAAACAUGGCUGCUCCACCUUUGUCACAUCAGCAUGAGGGUAAUGCACAUAAUGUAGAAUUACCACGUGAGCCUGUGUCAGACAGCAACAAGCUGCUCAGUGAUGGAUUUGUGAGUUCUAUAGUUGAUAGCUACUGGUGUGAGCCGUUAGCUGUGUUCAAUUGUGCCAAAUGCACUGCAAGUUUUACAAGCAAAAUCAAUCUUGAGCAGCAUGUUUGUUCAACUGCUGUUCCGCUUAAAACAACAGAGUCAGCCCAGAAGAACCAUUGUGACAUUUGCUUUAAAUACUUUGCGUCUCCCUCGAAACUUAAAAGACAUUAUCUUGUGCACACAGGUCAGAGGCCGUUUAGGUGUGACAUUUGUGGCAAAACUUUCACACAGUCUGCACAUGUCAGAAAACAUCAACGGACUCACUGAUACUCGAAAUGAUACCGUGUAACAUUUGUUUUUGGUGUUAAAUUGCUUCUUUGCUAAUAAGCAUUAAGUGUCAUUGGUGCGAUUUUCUGUGUGGUGGUCUGAUGGGGCCGAAUGUUACACCAUAAAAAAUUACUUAAACUAUUUAGAAGGCCAAUUUAGUUCUGGAUAAUCUGCUUGCAGCUGCAGAGAGGUAGAUGAUGUCAAAACUUGUCUUUAUCAUGGAUGUUUUCUUUCUCCCACUACAUAGAACAAUAAUCUGGUAAGCCGAAGGAGCACCUUCAACCAGAAAUUAAGAAUGACUACAUGCUCUAUUGAACAUCACAAGUAGUCCUUCCUUUCUGUGACCAUCCACUGAUACCGUUCCUCCUGGUUCUGUAUAAAUUGUGUAAUUUUAUAACUUUCUAAACCUUGAGCAACUGUUAUAAAGCAUUUGCACUCAAUAAUAAAGUUAUACUGAUUCUAAA